UCUUUUCACACACACAAAAGAAAAGAAAGAAAAAAACAUUGAAAAUGGGUAAAAGAAAAACUCCGACCACAUGGGCCAACGAGAAAGCCAGGAGACUCAGCCUUGAGAAGAGGCUGGCUGGUUUAGUUAAGAAGACGAAGGAGCUCUCGAUACUGUGUGACAUGCGAGCAUGUCUCGUUGUUUACGACCGUGAAGUAGAUCAUCUGGAGGUGUGGCCAGCUCCUCAAACCGCGAAGUCCCUCUUCGACAAGUUUUACUCUCUAACCGACCAUGAAAGGAACAUGAAGGCCGUUGAUCCGGAGUCAUUCAUCCAGACCAAUAUCCAAAAGCUUGAGAAGAAAAUAGCCGAUACUCGGAAGGCUAUUACUGAGAUUGAGAUGGACAAUCUCAUGUUGGAGCUCUCCCUUGGUCGUCAACUUGCUGAUCUUUCCCGUACCGAGGUUGAUAAAUUACUAUCGUAUACGGGUAAGAAGAUUAUGUGUUUGAGGAAAGAGAUGGGUUCUGAGGAACAACUUGACAUCAUGAGUGUCGACGAGGCAUCUCUUGGAGAUGCGACCCUGAGGGCUUCGAAUGUUCCGUCUGCCGGGUGGGGCGGGAACGUGAUGGAGACUGGAAGUAUGUAUUACUUUGAUCAAUGGGGGUCCGCUGAUCCAGAAGUCCAAGAACCUUCUGAUGAGACUCAUUUACCCACAAUGGUCACUGGAAUGGACCUAAACAUGGAACCAGCUGUUGGUGAUAAAAACUUGGGGGGAACCUCUAAAGGAGAGAGCAGCAAGGCUGGUGCUGGUGCUGAAGACCAUGCCGAAUGAAGCUGCGGUCGAAGUUGACAUGACAAGGAGUUUUGAAUAAAUAAAGUUGUCCUUUUCUAUUAUCGUUGUCUCUUGCUCGUUUCACAUCUCUAGUUUCUAUUGUUCUUAUCGUGUGUCUCUUGUUUUGUGUUAAACUCGUGUAUUUGCUUGUCAUGUCAACUUAAUUUUUAAUAUUGAA